AUGAGGCGACGACGGAGGCGGGACGGUUUCUGCCCAGCGCCGGACUUCCGAGACAGGGAAGCUGAGGACAUGGCAGGGGUGUUUGACAUAGACCUGGACCAGCCGGAGGACGCGGGCUCUGAGGAUGAGCUGGAGGAGGGGGGUCAGUUAAAUGAAAGCAUGGACCAUGGGGGAGUUGGACCAUAUGAACUUGGCAUGGAGCAUUGUGAGAAAUUUGAAAUCUCAGAAACUCGUGUGAACAGAGGGCCAGAAAAAAUCAGACCAGAAUGUUCUGAGCUACUUCGAGUACUUGGUAAAGGGGGCUAUGGAAAGGUUUUUCAAGUACGAAAAGUAACAGGAGCAAAUACCGGGAAAAUAUUUGCCAUGAAGGUGCUUAAAAAGGCAAUGAUAGUAAGGAAUGCUAAAGAUACAGCUCAUACAAAAGCAGAACGGAAUAUUCUGGAGGAAGUAAAGCAUCCUUUCACUGUGGAUUUAAUUUAUGCCUUUCAGACCGGUGGAAAACUCUACCUCAUCCUUGAGUAUCUCAGCGGAGGAGAAUUAUUUAUGCAGUUAGAAAGAGAAGGAAUAUUUAUGGAAGACACUGCCUGCUUUUACUUGGCAGAAAUCUCCAUGGCUUUGGGGCAUUUAUAUCAAAAGGGGAUCAUCUACAGAGACCUGAAGCCGGAGAAUAUCAUGCUUAAUCACCAAGGUCACGUCAAACUAACAGAUUUUGGACUAUGCAAAGAAUCUAUUCAUGACGGAACAGUCACACACACCUUUUGUGGAACAAUAGAAUACAUGGCCCCUGAGAUCUUGAUGAGAAGUGGCCACAAUCGUGCUGUGGAUUGGUGGAGUUUGGGAGCAUUAAUGUAUGACAUGCUGACUGGAGCACCCCCGUUCACUGGGGAGAAUAGAAAGAAAACAAUUGACAAAAUCCUCAAAUGUAAACUCAAUUUGCCUCCCUACCUCACGCAAGAAGCCAGAGAUCUGCUUAAAAAGCUGCUGAAAAGAAAUGCUGCUUCUCGUCUUGGAGCUGGUCCUGCGGAUGCUGGAGAAGUUCAAGCUCAUCCAUUCUUCAGACAUAUUAACUGGGAAGAACUGCUGGCUCGGAGGGUGGAGCCCCCCUUCAAACCUCUUUUGCAAUCAGAAGAGGAUGUGAGUCAGUUUGAUUCCAAGUUUACACGUCAGACACCUGUUGACAGCCCAGAUGACUCAGCUCUCAGUGAAAGUGCCAACCAGGUCUUUCUGGGUUUUACGUAUGUGGCUCCAUCUGUACUUGAAAGCGUGAAAGAAAAGUUUUCCUUUGAACCAAAAAUCCGAUCCCCUCGAAGAUUUAUUGGCAGCCCACGAACACCUGUCAGCCCAGUCAAAUUUUCUCCUGGGGAUUUCUGGGGAAGAGGUGCUUCAGCCAGCACGGCAAAUCCGCAGACGCCUGUGGAAUACCCCAUGGAGACAAGUGGGAUAGAGCAGAUGGACGUGACAAUGAGCGGGGAGGCUUCAGCACCGCUUCCAAUAUGACAGCCAAACUCCGGACCGUACAAAAAGCAAGCUUUUCCCAUGAUCUCCAAACGACCAGAGCACCUGCGUAUGAAUCUAUGACAGAACAAUGCUUUUAAUGAAUUGAAGGCAAAAAAGGUGGGGAGGGGAUGUGUGAGCAUCCUGCAGGGUGAAA